AUGGAUAAGAAAAUUAUGAAGUUUGAGGAAGAGAUCAAGAAGAUAGAUGACAUGGUAAGCAAUGUGGUAUAUGAUGGAAUAGUGGAGAUGUCGCGAUCCCGACUUGCGAAGGACAUGGAGAAAAACACCAGGUACUUCCACAACAUAGCUUUAACAAGAAGGAUGAAUAACAUGAUUGAUGCGCUGGAAGAGUCUCUUAUGGUGGGUUUUAGGGAUGGACUGGUGGAUAUGAUAGCUGAAGAGGAUUCUGCGGCUUUGGAGGUGUUGCCGUCGAUUGAGGAGUAUAGAGAUGUAGUGUGGGACUGUGAAUCAUCUAGGGCCCCAGGAAGUGAUGGGGUUGAGUUCACGGUAACUGUGUUGGGAUUCUUUCAGACAUCUAGGUUACCGACAGAUUCUAAUAUCACAUGGGUUGCAUUGGCACCAAAGUUCAUUGGGGUUAAGGAGAUUAAGGACCUUGGACCAAUUAGCAUGGUUGGUUGUGUGUAUAAGGUGAUUUUUAAGGUAUUGGUUAGGAGGAUGAGAUCAGUUAUGCCAGGCUUGGUUGAAGAAACUCAGAGUGCAUUUGUCAAGGGUCGGAAAAUACAUGAUGAGGCUCUUAUUGCUUGUGAAACUGUGAAGGGGGUGGGUUAUAGAGUGUGUCGGCACAACUUCUAUGUCAAUGUUGAUAAAUGGUUCACCAACGAAGCCGUUCAAGAUGGAAAUAGGUCUGAGAUAAGAAUGAUUGGAGAGUCAGUUAGAAACGGCUGGAUAUCCCCAUUAUUCAUUGAGAGAGACAAUAUAGAAUUGUCACAUCUUCAGUUUAUCGAUGAGACUGUGUUAUUUUGUCUACCAAAGGAGGAGAUUAUUAAGAACUACAAGAGGCUUCUACGAUGCUUUGAGUUGAUGUUGAGGUAUUACAGGCAAGAAUGCUUCCAGAUGAGUAUGAUGGUUGGAAGUAUCAACGAAAAAGAGGUUUGCACUUUAUAUGCUUCUCAUGUGACAAAUAUGACCACAAGACGGAUCAGUGCUCUAAAUUUGCCGUCACUAAGACCCAGCAAUCGAAUUUGGUUACUGCAUCCAGCUAAGGAGGGGAUGGACUAG